AUGUCCCUGUCCAGCUUCACAAUCCCCCGCGACCUCGACCGCGACACCUCCGAGCCCCUCCCCGUCUCGUCCACCGCAGACCUGAGCCGAGAUGCUCUGCUGCGGUUCCCCGCUUUUCGCAUCUGGCUCAGCACCCUGCAGCGUUCGCUGAGCCGUCAACAACAGCCAUCCCACGAGUUCUCUGAGGAUCCCUACGUCUUGCGCCGAAUCAACAUCCAAGCUGUAGACUAUUUCGGAGGUGGUCGUUUGGGCUUUGUGAAGCUGAAAGCAGAAGUCUCCAAUGGAAACGGCGAGACACUUCCGGGGAGCGUCUUCUUACGCGGAGGCAGUGUUGGGAUGCUGCUUAUCCUCCAACCUGAUGAUGUCCCUCCGUCCGAUGAAGAAGAAAAGCGCGUUGUCUUGACCAUCCAACCUCGAAUCCCGGCCGGAUCCCUGGCUUUCACGGAAAUUCCCGCCGGUAUGCUGGACGAUAGCGGGUCUUUUGCGGGAGGUGCAGCGAAAGAGAUUCAGGAGGAAACCGGUCUGACAAUACCCCAAGAGGAAUUGAUCGAUUUGACUGCCUUGGCGCUGGAGUCGAGCGUCGUCGCAGAUGACGAGGAGUCGUUGCAGAGGGCCAUGUACCCCUCGGCGGGCGGCAGUGACGAGUUCAUACCUUUAUUUCUGUGCCAGAAGCGAAUGGCGCGCAAAGAGAUUGAUGAUCUGCAGGGUAGGCUGACUGGGCUACGGCAGCACGGGGAAAAGAUCACGCUGAAGGUGGUGCCAUUGAAGGAUCUAUGGAAGGAGGGUUUGCGAGAUGGGAAGACCCUUGCCGCGUGGGCGAUUUACAAGGGGCUCAAAGAGGAGGGCAAACUCUAG